AUGGCUUCUUCCUCCUCUUCCGUCUUCUCCCCGCUCCUGCGGCCUACGCUCCGGCUGCGGGUCGCCUCCUGCGCCACGCGCUCCUCUGCUCUCCACGCUGUGUCUGCGGACAACGCUGCCCCUGCCCCGCAGUCGGCGCCUCUCGCGGUUGCUAGCCACAGGAGGGAGCUGGUGGUGGGGACGGCGCUCGGUGCGCUGUUCUCGGCGACGCCGCUGCCCGCGGGAGCGCGCGAGGUCGAGGCCGGCAAGUACCUGCCGCCGGCGCCGGCCAGCCCGGGCUUCGUGUUCUUCAAGGCCACCACCAAGGACACCCCCGCCCUCCGGGCUGGCAAUGUGGAACCAUAUGAGUUCAUCCUGCCGCCCACCUGGAAGCAGCUGCGAGUGGCCAACAUACUCUCCGGCAAUUACUGCCAGCCCAAGUGCGCGGAGCCAUGGGUGGAGGUGAAAUUCGAGGACGAGAGGCAGGGCAAAGUGCAGGUGGUGGCCUCGCCGCUGAUCCGCCUCACCAACCGGCCGAACGCCACCAUCGAGGACAUCGGCAGCCCCGAGAAGCUGAUCGCCUCCCUGGGGCCCUUCGUCACCGGCAACACCUUGGAACCCGAGGAGAUCAUCGAGGCCUCUGUCGAGAAGAUCGGCGACCUAACUUACUACAGCUAUGUGCUGGAGACCCCACUGGCACUGACGGGCUCUCACAAUCUGGCCAAGGCCACGGCCAAGGGGAGCACGGUGGUGCUCUUCGUCGCGAGCGCCAGCGACAAGCAGUGGCAGUCGUCGGAAAAGAUUCUGAAGGCUAUGGUAGAUUCAUUCCAAAUAUGA